AUGGGGUGUGGUAUUGGAUCACAUGAAAAUUAUUAUAUUGGAAAUGAAACAAAUGAACGUCAUGAGAAAUUAUUUUUAAAAUGUCCCGUAGAACGUGGUAUUGUUAACAACUACGAUGAUUUUGAACGUUAUGUUCAUAAUUGCAUUAAAAAAUAUUUCGAAGUAGAUUCUGAAAAUUUGCCAAUUUUGUUAACAGAAUCAGUUAAUACAACGACAGAAUCAAGACAAAGGAUUUGCCAAAUUGCAAUAAAAACAUUUAAUUUCCCACUUUUUUGUUUGGUUUCACAACCAGUAUUAUCACUGUUGUCGACUGGUAAGAGCACUGGAUUUUGUGUUGAAUCUGGUCAUGGAGUUAGUCAAUUUGUACCAAUUUUUGAAGGUUCAAAGGUUCAAAUGGGCGUGUCAUGUUCAGAGCUUGCUGGAAAAGAUGUACGCGACUCUAUUGAGAAAAUUGUAAAUGAAAAAGGAUUCACUUUUGAAGAUUUUACAGAAAAAGAAACCCUCGAUGAGAUAAAAGCUACAUGUUGUUAUGUUGCUCAGGACUUUGAAGCAGAAAAGAAAAAAGACGCAAAAGAACUUGAGAAGAUUUAUAAACUCCCAGAUGGAAGAGAAAUCAAACUUGGUGCAGAAAGAUUUGAAUGUACUGAACAAUUGUUUAUUCCAGAAAAUUAUGGAAAGGAAAUAAACGGUAUUGCCCUUCAAACUUAUGAUUAUUUGAUGCACGUUUAUCCAGAUGUCAGAAAUCAGUUAUAUGGAAAUAUUGUGUUAGCUGGUGGUAACACAAUGAUGCCUGGCUUUGUCGGGAGAUUCAAGAGUGAAUUCACUAAAUUUACACCAGUAUCUGCAAAAAUCAAUGUAACUGCACCAGAAAAUAGAGAUCACGCUGCUUGCAUAGGAGGUGCCAUUUUUGCAAGUUUGUCAACUUUCGAGUCGGCUUGUGUAUCAAAGGAAAAAUACGAUGAAACUGGACCAAGUAUUAUUAACAGAAUUUGCCCAUAA